AGCGUCGUCGGGUGUCGGUCCUUCUGCGCUCUGAGGCACAACGUGGAUAUUCCAUUAAUUUAUAUAAUAUAUCGUUUUAUGUUGUAUGUUUACGUUUUAUUUCAUUUUUGUUAACGUGGACACCAGAAAAGCAGAUAGAAGAGAGAGUUCCGACCCUCAACAAUGUUUAAAAAAUUCGAUGAAAAAGAGAAUGUCUCAAACUGCAUUCAGCUGAAGACGUCAGUAAUCAAAGGCAUUAAGAAUCAGCUCGUCGAUCAGUUCCCUGACAUCGACCCAUGGCUCAAUCAGAUCAUGCCCAAAAAGGAUCCUGUCAAAAUCGUGAGAUGUCAUGAGCACAUUGAAAUUCUGACAGUAAAUGGAGAGCUGCUUUUCUUCAGACAGAGAGAAGGACCUUUCUUCCCGACCCUCCGCCUCCUGCACAAAUAUCCGUUCAUUCUUCCACAUCAACAAGUCGAUAAAGGAGCCAUCAAAUUUGUUCUAAGUGGAGCAAAUAUCAUGUGCCCAGGAUUGACAUCACCAGGAGCUAAACUGUACCCCGCUGAUGUGGACACAGUAGUCGCUAUAAUGGCGGAGGGUAAACAGCAUGCACUGUCUGUGGGAGUCAUGAAGAUGACUGCUGAAAAUAUAGAGAAGGUUAACAAGGGGAUUGGCAUCGAAAACGUUCACUAUCUGAAUGAUGGACUGUGGCACAUGAAGACGUACAAGUAGCCAAACAUCUGUGUGUAAUGAAAUCUUUUGAAAUGCCAGUCUGCGACCAACCUGUCUACUGUACAUCAUGGACUUUACUAUGAACCACCUCUGUCUCGUCGUGCACUAAUAAAACCUGCAUUCAAGUCA